AUGAGCUCCGACGACGCCUCGCCGCAGGCAGGCCAGAAAUACAACAACUCAGACGACUCGUCCCGAGCCCUCCCUGGUCACAACCCCGCGAUCGCGAAAUAUAACAAGGUCCACUUCCGAAAAGAGUCAAUUGUGAAGCCCGAUCUUUUCACAUUGUACUUUGGAUUUUUCGGUACAGCAGCCUGGACGAGAAAGGUCGCGAGCACAGUGAAUGAGCGAGUGGAGAACCACUACGUGCUAACAGCGCGACCCCCAACCCAAGAUGAAUUCGAUGCAAUUGUUGAGCACGGAACGCGAUGCCUGUACCAAAGGCGGGUGGGUUUACCCGUAAGCUCAUUCCUCGGAACAGCACUCCUGUACCGCCAAGCACGCAAGUCGCCAAUGUUCCCCCGCAAUCCCACGCCAGCAGCACUGUUUAGCAUAGUGCGUCACAUGUGGACCGAUCCCAGCCUCAGGGGCAAUAUCGGAUCUGCGGCAUUCAAAAUGCUCUUCAUCGUAACUAUCGGUAACAUGGCAUCGAGCGCUUACGCUGUUUCCAAAGAUGCCAUGAACAUGUUGACGGACCCGCGACUGAAGGGGUUCAUUGAGGACAUGCGCAAGACAAAGCCUGAGGACGUGCGCAAGCGCAAGAUGCAGGCCGCAAGCGAGCGCGUACGGAGUAUACGCAGCGGUGAGCCAACCCUCGGCUCCCAGAUGAUCGGCCCGCCUGGUGGAUAUGCAGGCGGCAACGGGUACCAACAGGAGCAGCCAUCUUACGAUGCUCCCGCGCAGCCAAAUUCCUACUCUGAAUACGUGGGCUCAAAUGAUUCAGUCGGGAAACCUCAGUCUGUGUCAUAUGAGUCGUCUACACAGGAGUCGAAUGGUGGUGCAGUCUGGGCGCGCGGCAGGAGCACUCAACCCGAGCAAAAAUCGGCUUUGGAUUUCAUGGAUGAGGACGAUGCUAGCCCUACAGCUGCGGAAUACCGCAAUACAAACAUUGAUGGAUCGCCAGCUGGCAGUGCUUGGGAUCGGAUCAGACGACAGAAUGCCGGAGCACGCCCCCAGCCUCGACAGCAGCCCGGCAUGUCACAGCCUCCACUGAACCCUUACUCUCUCUCUGCUGAAUUUGGCCAGAGUGAUCAAGAAAAGUAUGACUCCACUCAGAAGACUGAAAGAGAUCAAGCCCAGGCAGAGUUUGAUCGGAUGAUUGAGGCGGAGAGGAACGUUGGCAACGAAAGCUCGCCUCGAAACCGAGGUUGGGGAUCUUGA